UCUCCAAGGCCAGAAGCUUAUGGAAACAAGAUGGGAGUGACCCCCGAAUUUCUGCAACUCUAGAGCCCCAGCUGCUCCAGCCUAAGCUCCCAUUCACUGCCUCACCAUUUCAAAAGGUAGGACUGGGGAAAUUGAGUUUGCACUUUGACUGCUGACCUAUAUUAAAGACCUCUGUGUGACCCCCUCGUUCUUUGAUCUUUUUAACGUGUCUCAGCUGAUCUUGUCUCCACACUUGCUUUUGUCUGGAUGCACUUGCUCAGUGUUCUUGUGAUGUGUUAGACCCAGUUUCAUGGCGUGUUACUUUGAUUUCUAUCCUUGCUUUCUUUUGUGUAACUUGUGGUAUUAAAGCACACAGAGCUCUGUGUCUGGAUGAUUAUGUUUGACUGAUUCAAUUAAUAGAAAUCUAUUUUUAGAAGGAAAUUGUCAGCCGAAUGCUGACCAUUUUUAAAUUGAAGCCUAACAAGCCUGAUUCCAUCAGAGCAAACAAAUCAAAGCCUGAAUGAGUCAUUUUUAAAUCAAAACACUAGCUUCUUCAUGCCCAUCAUCAUCCAUGAGGUGUAACCUAAUUGGAAUGUCAAUUAUGCAUGAUAACACUGAGUGGGGCUCAAUUAUUACACAGUUGUUUUAUGCUUUCCUGAGCCUUGCUUAUUUUCCUCUGGGUUUUCAUAAGGCUAAGCUUCAGUGUGAAGAUUUGUGCUCUUCCAUUUCUUUAAUGCCUGCGGUUUAUUAGCUGUCAUGUCAUUUUCAGAUUCAUCACAUUCAGCUUGCCUCCUGUUCACUAAAGCAUUUUUUUGCCUUUAUGAAUCAGCUAUACUAGAACUGAUAUUCUUUCUUUCAGCAAAAAUGGUUUGAGGAAAUACUAAAUUGCUGUUAUUGAAGGUGUAGGGAAAAGGGCCAAAAGUGAAAAUGAAAUAGGAGGAAAUAAUUUCAAUAAAUCUGUUUAGACUGUCACGUCCGUAGCAAAUCUAUUUUGCUGUCAGAAUCUUUAUGCUUACCUUUAGCACUUCUGUGAUUGAUGUGAAAACCUGGCAGAGAUAUUUUGGGAUCUUAGAAACUGAAUAGCUCCUAGCUCCUCGGUGAUUAAACGACAGGAACAGUGUCACUCGUGUCGGAUUGCUUUCAAAAGAUCCCUCGCACUUUGGAACGGGCUUACAGUUCUCACAAUCUGCCUUCAUCUGGGGAAAGCAGGGAGAGUAGGAAGAGAAAGGGAUUAAGAAUUCAGGAAUUCAGAGAUUGGAUUGCUGAAACCAUCAUUCCUUAUCCUUGCAGCAUGCACCAUCUGUAGGUAAAACAGACUUACCAGUUAGUCGAACAUUUAGUUUGACACUUACACAUUUAAGGAUAGCAACUCCCUUUUUGCACAUUUUAAUUGAGGAGAAAGUAGAAAAAGGGAAAGCAUGGAAAGAGUUUUAGGGACAGCGUGGUAAUGUGGUGUGCUGUAGUACAACAAGGGCUCAGUGGAGCAAGACUCCGAGGAGUGUAUCACUUUAAUUAGAGCCCUGCGAAAAGCAGGUCAAUCUGCAAUUAACCCCAUCAGCUCUUAUGGCCAUUGCCUGAUUCAAACUGAACUGUCCUAUUAAUAAUCUUGCAGAUUUCUUAGAGAUGUAAUGCAAAACUCUAAAAGUGAUAGUUUUCAAAUUUUGGUGGCAGAAACGGCCGAGAUAAAAAAAUAAAUAAAAAAACCCUAACUGAAACAUCCUACUCACCAGAACCGUAGUGCUUAAAGAAAUAAGUGUAUUAGUAUACCAAAACCAAGAGUUGAAAUAAUCAUGAACUGUUGUCCACUGCUCUUGGAAAGGGUUGCAUGAGUAAUUGUGGGUGAGCUUUCUAAUGAAAACAUGUUUAUGUCAUUUACAACCUUUUUUACUGAUUUGUUACACCAGUCAGGGUGACUUUUUACAGAGCUCUGUAAAUUUGAGAUGUCAGGAAAUAUCUUUAAUGGCCCUGGAAUGAAAAUGCAGAACAAAGAACCAGACUUCAUGUGAAUUUCACAUUCACGUGUAUCCAUCUGAUCCACUUCAUGGAGCUGGUUGAAGUUUUAAUGAGCUCUGCGAGGAUGUACGGCGUUGCAGCUGAUAAGUCAAGAGGAGCAAGAGGAAGCCAUGCGUGUUUAAUUUGUCUCUUGUCAUAAUGGCGAUCCUAUUAGCUCUCAUAAUGAAAGGUCUGAGCUCUACACCUGCACUGUGUGUGCUAGCUUGGCUCCCUGGGGAUCCCCUCAUCGCCUCCUCUUUGUCAAUUUCUGCAGAAAUGAGAUGUCUUGUUUUUCAUCAAAAGAUUGUUCCUUUUUAUUACUUUCAUUCUACCAUUGGUUUGCAUAGUUUUCUAACAUCUACUUUAUGCUAUAUCCUGAUUCUAGUGUAAUAGGUGAUCUGUAAACAGGACAUAGUUGCAGCUGUUGUCUGUGACCGUAGAACGGUUGGACUCCACCUCUUGCCACCUGUCAGCCUAAGCCAGGAUACAGAUAGUAGUAAAGACAGAGGUGGUUGGUAUAAAAUUUGGAGUUCUUCCUGCAAUGCUUUUGAGAGAUAGAGAGCGACAAAGAGGGAUCAGCAGAAGGCUAGACACCUCCAGCUUCAGUCAGAGGAUUACUUCUCAGCUUUAAGCAAUAGCAGGUUUGCCUGCAACCUGAGACAUAAACUUGCAGAUAAUCUUGUAUGCUCAGAGCACACACUGGGAGAGUCUGUGGAUCUUGUCACCAACUUUGUCUGAUCCAACACUUUGUCAGUGAUGCUUGCAAACAGCGGCGAUGCAGCUAGGAUUUUGCCAUUUCAGAAAGGCACAGCAGUCAUGAAGCGUUUAAUCCAAAUCUGCUGAAGUCAGUGACACUGGGACAUCUUUGAAGCUGCAGGACUUUUUGUCAAGGAGAAUUAAAAAUGGCUAAAAAUAUUGACAAACACAACUAUGCUCCAAUGGUGACAAAGACACACUGGAAGAAACCCAGCAAUACCCCAGAUUUAUUUGAAAUGAUUGAAAAGAUGCAGGGGAACAGGAUGGAUGAGCAGAGGUGCACCUUUCCUCCGCCUCUUAAGACUGAGGAGGAUUACAUACCGUACCCAAGUGUCCAUGAGGUGCUGGGGAGAAAGAGCCCCUUUCCUCUUAUCCUCCUGCCACAGUUUGGGGGCUACUGGAUUGAAGGGACCAACCAUGAGCUGAGCCAGGCUGGAGACACGGAGCCUCUCCAGCCUCUGUCCCCGAACACUCGGACCAAGCUGGAAUGUAACACCCUGGCUACGCUCUUCAGGAAACAUUUCCUGGGCAAGGAACACUUUAAUUACUAUUCAGUGGACAGUGUCCUUGGACAUCUGGUGUUCUCCCUAAAAUACGAGGUGAUCGGUGACCAGGAACAUCUGCGUCUAAUGCUCAGGACCAAGCUGAAAACCUACCACGAUGUGAUCCCCAUUUCCUGUCUGACAGAGUUUCCAAAUGUGGUCCAAAUGGCCAAGCUUGUCUGCGAAGAGGUCAACGUGGACCGCUUUUAUCCUGUCCUUUAUCCCAAAGCUUCAAGACUUAUUGUCACUUUCGAUGAACAUGUGAUAAGCAACAAUUUUAAGUUUGGAGUCAUCUAUCAAAAGUUUGGACAGACUUCAGAGGAAGAGCUGUUUGGCAACAACGAAGAGAGCCAUGCCUUUGUAGAAUUCCUGGAGUUUCUCGGAGAGAAAAUUGAGCUGCAUAACUUUAAAGGUUUCCGCGGAGGGUUAGAUGUGACUCACGGGCAGACUGGCACAGAAUCUGUCUACUGCAACUACCGCAACAAAGAGGUCAUGUUUCAUGUGUCCACAAAGCUGCCUUACACAGAGGGGGACACCCAGCAGUUGCAGAGAAAAAGACACAUAGGAAAUGACAUUGUCGCCAUCGUUUUCCAAGAAGAAAAUACUCCCUUUGUACCAGACAUGAUCGCCUCCAACUUUCUCCACGCUUACAUUGUAGUCCAAGUGGUCAACCCCUGCUCCGACAAUGUUCUCUACAAGGUGUCAGUUACAGCACGGGAUGAUGUACCUUUCUUUGGCCCCGCCCUCCCAAACCCUGCCAUCUUUAAAAAAGGCCCCGAAUUCCAUGAAUUCCUUUUUACUAAGCUAAUCAAUGCAGAAUAUGCCUGCUACAAAGCUGAGAAAUUUGCCAAAUUGGAGGAGAGAACACGAUCGGCCUUGUUGGAGACUCUUUAUGAGGAGCUCCACUUAAACAGCCAGGCCAUAAUGGGUGUUGGAGGAGAGGAUGACAAGCUGGAAAAUGGGAAUGCUGGAGGAGGAGGCUUCUUUGAGUCUUUUAAGAGGGUGAUGCGCAGCAGAAGCCAGUCUAUGGAUGCCAUGGGUCUUACUUUCAAGAAGCCGCACACAGUCUCCACUAGCCUGAGCGGCAACUUUAACCACAACCCCGCAGAGAGCCCUAAAUUCCCAGGGAUAUCAUUGCUUGUCCCAGGCAAAAGUCCGAGUAAAUAUGGACGCCGAGGCAGUGCCAUAGGGAUAGGAACAGUAGAAGAGUCUCUGAUAAUCCCAGGGAAAAGCCCAACCAGGAAAAAGUCUGGCCCUUUCAGCUCCCGGCGAAGCAGUGCCAUCGGCAUUGAAAACAUUCAAGAAGUCCAGGAGAAGAGCAGUAGAGAUAACUCCCCAAACACUCAGAAGACACCUGACAGUGGCCACGCCUCUCAAGAUCCCAAAUCUGACAAUUCAUCCAAUCAGAGCUCUCCUGAGGUGCUCACAACUACCAAGAACAGUUCUUAUCUUGUUGGCAGGGCCGCAUCCAUCCCUGAGGCUCACGAUCUUUCCCGCUCGUCCUCCAACGCCAGCAGCUUUGCUAGUGUGGUGGAGGAGAAUGAGACAGAGGCAACAGAGGAAUACGACACAGGCAUGGAGAGUCUGUCAUCUGCUGGAACACCACAUAAGCGAGACUCCUUCCCCUACAACACUUGGCUGGAGGACAACAACAGUAACACUACUAGCACCAGUCGUGGGAGCUCCCCAGGGCCUGGUAAACCUGAUCGAGCAAAGGGGAUGAAACUGGAACGAUCACACAAUCAGCAGUCCUCAUCAAACUGUUAGCUCAACUCACCUGGUAGUGUCCUGGAUCUCCAUCUUCAGCAUUCCCAUAAGUCACAAUCCUUCUGGGAGAUGAGACAAGUGCAGGCAUUCGCCAUGACCAGUGAUGAGAAGGAAAAUGAGAAAGAAGAUGAAAAAAAGAGAAAAAGCCUGGCCAGUCCGCUGCUCGGUGAGGCCAGAGUUCAGCAUAUCUAGAGAAACCUGGAGGACACUGGAGUGGAUGAUGCACAGAGGGGCUCAGCUUUUGCACAGUGUUCUUUCCUUCCACUCUGUUCUUUGCCUCUUUUUUUAAAACCUGACCUUUGUUCCAAAAUGCACAAAUAUAAUUGUUUUAUUUGUAUGAGAUAUUACCUUGUCUGAGUUGUCUCGUUAAAGCCGAGGUGUGCUGGUUAUACACGGUAAAGACAGUGCCAUUGUGCUCUCUGUUGAGACUGAGUGAAGGACUGUUGAUGCAACAAGUGAACUGCCUGGAUGGUUUUACCAAAUCAACCACGAUAUUGGCUUAAUGAAGAUUUCCAGUGUACGUGUUAUACAAAAUAUUUGGCAUCACAUUUGAGUAUUUUGUCACAAAAUAUCCAAUGUGAUAAAAAGUUCUAACAUUGCUGUUAAUGUGAUUAUUUUCUGGGUAAAAUACAAGUGUAACUGCAGCAAAUAACUGUGUUCUUUGCUCCAGGGCCCACUCUUACCUACCAAACUUAACAUCAUAGUUUGUGGUAAAGAUAGCAUUGUAUUGUAAAUACCUUGAAAUGGCCUUAUAAUUUAAACAAUUUCCCUGGCCUUCAGUUUUUUUUACCUCACUUUUUUUCACUCACGUGUUCUGCAGCCAAUAACGGGAAAGCAGUAUUAGAUUAAAUGUGAAACUAAUACAUUUAGAAUAAUUUUAAGCACACUAGUUUAAAAAUUUGUGGCAUAAAUCUUUAAAAUCUGCUAAUGUAUAAACAUACUGUACCAAUCAAUGAGUGAUUUAACUGAUUUGUCCGUCUUAAAUGUUGAUAUGGAGAUAGCUCUCAACAUUAUGCUGUUUUUUUUCUCUCUCUAAUGUACUUUUUUAUUUAUUGAUUUGGUUCCUUUUAAAGUAGUAUUUAUGCUGUACCUCUAUGGUGACUACAAAGACUACAAACAGCCAGUCAUAUGCUUGUACUGUCUGUGUUGUUUUGGUGUGAACUAUAUUGUUGUCAUCUGUAAAGCUCUGUCUAUUUCAGGGGUUGGGAUUUCAUUGAGUGCAGUAAAUUUGCAAUGCAGAUAUAUAUAAUGAAACAGUGAACCUUUAUUUGCUUUUAAAGCAAGACAAAAACGCUAAAUACCACUACUGAUUUUGUAAAUAGAUGUUAAGUUUGAGGACUGUAUGUGUAAUGUAUAGGCAGAUAAUUCAAAAUAGGAUUGACCAAUUACUGCCAAGUUAAUUUUUUUGCAUUUUUUAUUUUGUUUUUCCAUAACCUCAAAUUUGAAAUAUUUUGAGAGGAUUUUAUAAAUUAAGAUAAUUUCAGAGACUGUUCUAUUAAAGGGAAAUCUCACAGUACAUCCAGCUGGUCAUUUCAGUUGCCUUAUGUUGCACACUGAUGGUGUAAGCAUAGCUAGUGAAGCAAACAAGUUAUGGGCAGCAGGAUUUACAGUGAAAUGAAUGUUUUGUCCUUGAUGUUAUUUUUGGUUUUUGUAAAUAAAUACCCUGAGAACUUUA